AUGGCGAGCCGCGCAGCCAACAAACGGUUAACCCGGGAAUAUAAGACUAUAUCCGAGAACCCGCCGCCAUACAUUGUGGCGCAUCCCUCCGAGUCCAACAUCCUCGAAUGGCACUACAUAAUCACCGGCCCAGAGAAGACACCCUACCACAACGGACAGUACUGGGGCACACUGAUCUUCCCACCGGACUACCCCUUCGCCCCGCCUGCGAUCCGUAUGCACACACCCUCGGGACGCUUCCAAUCCUCAACCCGGCUAUGCCUAUCCAUCUCCGACUUCCACCCCAAAUCCUUCAACCCCGCCUGGGAAGUCUCCACAAUCCUCAUCGGGCUCCUCUCCUUCAUGACCUCCGAAGAAAUGACCACCGGCUCCGUGGCCGCCACAGAAGCCGAGCGCAAAUGGACCACCGCCCGCACCCGCUGGUGGAACUCCACAGGCGGCGGCUCCUCCACCCGACUCGUCCCCGGCAUGCCCGUCCCCAAGGGCAACGGCGCCAUCAAGGCCGGCGACGGCGGCGCGAAGUUCAGGUCCGAGUGGCCCGAGCUCGAUAGGGAGAACUGGAAGUGGAUGGAGGAGAACAGGAUUAACCCCGCGACGGGGGACCGGAUGCCGGGCCCGAACGCGCCGGUGUGCUCGCCGCAGGCGGCGGCGUUUGGGCGGCGGCCGAGCGGGAGCGCGGGCACGAUUGGGGCCGCGGUUCAUGGGGGGCAGGUUGCGAGGGAGGUGGGGCAGAGCUGGGUUGCGAGGAAUAGGUUGUUGCUUGCUGGGGCGGUGAUCUUCACGUAUGUGUUGAUUGCGCGGCUGUUAGGGGAUGGGACGGUCGAUGCUUAGGAGAGCUGGCAGGGGCCAUAAUGUAAUGGCCAUAUUGUAAUAUACGACUGGAGUUUGGCGUGUGUGGGUAGGGCAUAACGGGAGUCUAGCGAUGGGAGGGCAGUUCGUGUUUAACCGUGAUGAUAGGGAUAGAUGGCGGUAGUAUUAAUAUCUGUACGGAUUACGACGUUACAUCCACCCAUGAGAGAAGACGAUGAGUUCGCAUUAGACGUCUGACACGGACGGAUGGAUGAGGGGGCUGUUUGUCGUAUGUGCCGUCAACCUGCUUUGCUUAACUAUGCGAGCAAAUGGAUCAAGAGUUCACAUCACAGACACAUGUGAGUCAUCGAGGU